AUGGCUGUGCUUGCGACUCCGGUUGACGUGGCAGUUGGAAUAUGGCUUCGUAUAUCAGUGGCUCGUAGCCCAGCCUUUCCUCCAUGUACCAUAAGUACAACAACCAUCAUCUUCAACCCCGGGUUGCUCCUCUGCACUCAUCCCAGCAGCAGCGCCAGCCAUGGUGUCCGAUUCUUGAUCCCUACCGCUAGUACUGGCGGCAUCCCAAGGCGCCAAUGCCGUGACCAACCUGCCAUCGAUUCUCAAGACUCCCCAGUUCCCUGUACAAACACGGCUUACGUUGAGUCUCUCUUCUCCUGCACCUCGGCCUACUGCACUGCAGAGCAAGCUCGCUGGGGUUUGGACUACCAAAACGCAACAUGUGAAGAACAGGGCAUACCGCUUCCAAGCUAUACCUUAGCCGCUGGAAGUGCAAAGUCUAUAUUGAGAGUAUCUCAGCAGGAAGUCGAGGCGCAGAACUACACACAGACCGUGGUACCCAGCGAGGCGUUCUUCGAUGUCGCUUGUGAAUCUACGAAUUUCGCGUGGGCGCUAUAUGGCUAUUGGGGCCUUGUCAUCCUGAUUGGAAUGUGCAAUCGCGGGUUUCAGUCCUUCCGCCACAAUUAUAUCAAGCCGAGAAGACAUUUUAUUCAUGGCCGGUCACUCAAGGGACAGUCCAACUUCGCUCGCUCUGUCGUACGCUUUCGAUGGCACAUGGGUUCGACACUAACAUUAUGGGGAGCCAAUGAGGCAUCCUCCUCGGCACCAAGUCGGAUCGAAGGUUUGCUCAUUGCAUUGUAUGUUGUAAUGAACUUUACUCGGAUCCAACUUGGGCAAUAUAUCUGUGAUAGGGCCAGGACUCUAGCUAUUGCUAAUAUCCCUAUUAUUUGGUUGUUCGCUACAAGAAACGAUCCUCUACUCUGGCUUACCGGAUGGUCGUUUGCUAGCUUCUCGCACUUCCAUCGAUGGACUGCGAGGGCUGCAACAUUACUCGCUAUCGCACAUGGCAUUGGGUACUCCGUUAUCCAUGGUUGGGAAGGCGAGUAUAAGAUGGUUUGGAAGAUGGAGCUCUGGUACUGCGGAGUGAUAUCUGUAAUCUCGAUGUCCCUAUUAGUCGGCUCAUCGUUCUUCUUCAUCCGGAGACGGUGGUAUGAUCUAUUUCUAGGGGUCCACUUUAUCUUCGCGUUAGUACUGAUAGUGUGUCUCUGGUACCAUGUCAAGGUCCAGGAUGGUGCUUUUAAUGGUUUUAUCUGGCCUGCGGUGGCUUUCUGGGCCUUUGACCGCCUGCUUCGCUGGACACGCAUUCUAUGCAUUAGUAUCUGGCCGAUUUCGAACGGUGCCAAGGCAUUUGCAUCGUUCGAUGAGAAGCAGGGUCUCAUUCGAGUCGACGUUACUGACUUCUUUAAGCGGAGAAACCCCAGUCCUGGCGCUUUCUAUUAUAUUUACGAGCCCAGAAGACCCCGAGGUUACGAAAGCCAUCCAUUCACGCUGUGUACUUGGUACCACACGCUUCCUGGCCCCGAGAGAAGCUCAGAUGCGUCCUCGCAGGAGUCGGUAGAGAAGAGCUUGGAUGCAUCUACCGCAGAACCUCAACAUACGUUCCUCAUUCGCCCAAGAAACGGCUUCACUGAUCACCUUCGCACCAAGGCAUCUGCUUCUUCGGGCGAAAGUGAAGUCCAAGAAAUCAAAGUCUUCAUCGAAGGACCGUAUGGCUGCGAGGGUACUCUUCGUGACUACUCCACGGUCGUUAUCGUCGUUGGUGGAGCUGGUAUUACUGCCGCCAUUUCUCGAAUAUAUUCGCUCCUCAGCGAUAGUAACCCACUACACUUGGUCCGCCUAAUCUGGGCUAACCAAACACAAGAUUUGAUCGACGACGUCUGCGCACACGAACUUCAUGGGGUCCUUGGAAACCUGCAGCUCAAGGUCGACAUUUACCUGACCUCAACCUCCGCGCGUAUUAGCCAGACCGCCCUAUACGAAGUCCACGCUGGAAGGCCGAACAUUAGCAGGGUAUUGGAGGAGGAGAAACAGAAAUGCGAAGGGAGCAUGGCUGUUUUUUGUUGUGGGCCACCAUCUAUGGAGGCUGCUACGAGGAGGGCGUUUGCGAGACUACUAAAAGAGAAGGGGCCACGGUUGGCGUGGUUUCAAGAGCGAUUUGGUUGGUAG